AUGAUGUACGGCAUCGCGGCCCAUUACAAGCUCAUCAAACGGUUGAGCUUUUGGUAUGCGCCCGUGCUCCGAAAGGGACAGGUUCAAGAGUUCCUCGACGCUUGCGUGGACCGUUUCUACUCUGAAUUCCCUGAGCCGGAUGAUGGUGACCCUCCCUACCUCCUGGCCCAACGUAGGGCCAUCAAAACCGACUUUAUUCUCAAGGACAUCGUUUGGGCUUCUUGGGCUCGACGGGGUGUGGAGCCGGACAUCACUUGGCAAGAAGCUCUCCAACUGGAUGCCAGCGAGUGGGAAAAAUACCUGACGGCCCUUGAGAAGAGGCACGGUGCUGCGGGCCCUCCUCGAGCUCCUGGCUACACUGCCGUGAAGAGAAAAUACAAGGUUGGAGACACGACCCCAAACGGGGUUGUGCUUGUGGUCGAUUCAUCGGACUCCGAAACCGACACUGCCUCUAUCAGAGCUAGGCACGGACACUCCGCAGGCCCAAGUUGCCAGGUCACCGUCACAGUCUACGACUCUGACGGGGAGGAGUUGGGGACGGCGAAACGGGUACCUGUGUAUAACUCUGAUGGCGAAGAAAUCGGCGCAGUUGCCGGGCCGCUCACAGAGGCUUGA